UUAUCGAUCAGGUUGUUUUGAUCGUCUGCAACACAGAAAUCUGUCAUACUGUCGAAAAUUCCUGUAGUCAAGUAAAGCGAUAUCAAUAAGUGGAAGCGAGAAUAUCGUUUAAUGUUUUUUGCUGAAAUAAUAUUUUUUCCCAAGUACAACGUGAUUAGUUUUGAGGUUUCCAACAGAUUGCCAGCUAGCUUUAAUAGACCAUCUGUCACAUUGUGUCAAAGUGCUCUUUUAUGCGCGCUGUCGCAAAACCGAGUUCCUUGUAUGCCUGUCUGUGACGUGCUUUUCUAUGAUGGUCAUGGAUGGGAAUUGAUGAAUUGAGACGCUAGAAUAGUAGUAUUGUUCUGUGGCUGCACAGUGCACCGAGGCUACUCGAUAUUGUAUUGCAGUUUUAUAAUUGAUAUAACAAAAAUACGGGAUUGUGUACUGAUAUGUAAUCUUCGAUUAUUUAUAUCAAGUUUCAUGUUUGGAAAAUAUUGUACUUCUGCGUUACAGCAGCGUCUACAUCAUCACGAAAAUCUUGAUAGCGUCGUCGAGUGAGGUACACAGACAGGGGAAACACGGCCUGAUCUCCCGUGAGCCAGCAUGUUGACAACAAUAGAGUUUCGUCAAUGUCAAGCCUAACUUUUAAGCUUCCGACUCAGAUUUACCUGUAUAUCUGAUACUUUUUCGGAUAUUGAUGUCUAAUCAUCAUGAUUGUAAUUAUCACGAAAACCAGCCCGUCGUGGUUAAUGCUGUUCAUUGUGAUGGUUGUAGGAUGCUCGGAAUAUUGCCAUGCUCAAAAAAGGGAUGUUAAUGUUACGCGAAGGGAAGUUGCUUGCCUGUCCAUAGAUGCGAGAAAUCAUAUUUCAAAUUUGGCAGAAUUUACCAAUUGCACAGUUGUAGAGGGUUCAGUUCAGAUUGUAUUGAUGGACAAUAACAAAGAAGACGAAGUUGAUCAAUACUCUCUUCCAAACCUUAUUGAAGUUACCGACUAUGUGCUGCUGUACCGUGUGACAAAACUGAAAACACUGCGGAAACUCUUUCCAAACCUUGCAGUAAUCGGUGGCGCAAAUCUUCUGUACCAUUACUCUCUGAUUAUUUUUGAGAUGUUUGACUUGGAGGAGGUUGGUCUGGAAAGUUUAGUGAGUAUCAAGCGUGGUGCUAUACGCAUUGAGAAGAAUCCUGUGCUCUGUUAUAUUGAUAUGAUUGACUGGAAUCUGAUAAGUGAAGAGCAUAAAGAAAACAGCUAUUUCGGAUACAACAAGGACCAAGGAUUGUGUUUGAACAGUUGUCCAGAGCCUCCUGGAACUUGUACAAAAACAUUGGCUAAUGGAGAGAUCAAGGAACUCUGUUGGAAUGAAUACAGUUGUCAGAAAGGUAAGAAUUUUUUGUUUAUAUUUUGUGCAUUGUUUGUAUUCUGAAUCAUGUUUUUUCAGCACAUGAGGAAAAUUUUCCUCAGGAGCCUAGAUUUUCUUUCCGUAUAGCCACUCAUUUUGUGAUAAGUCAUAUGAACUGUACUCGCUUACUGGUUUAGAGAAAUCCCCUUACAUGGUACCAAAGAUAAUAAAUAGAAGAUAGAGCAGUUUGCAAUGUAGUGAAACGUCGAUGAGGAUGUCCAUGGAAGAAUUUUCCUCCAUCCUAGAGGUGGCGCUAUAUGUUUAUAAUUAACAGGUUAAUCCAAGGCCCUGCUCGAGUUUGUUUGUUUCCUUUGUUUCUCCACUCCGUCAAAUGAUCACACAUUUCUUCAAUUCUUAAGUAGGGCGGGCGUUCCAACAACUUUAAUGCAGAAUACGUGAAGAACUCAUUCUUCUGCUAUAAGUUCUUUGAUGGUACUUCAAAAACGUUGAAAUAAAUAAAUGCAAGUAGACUUGUUAUAGAGGUUGCACAGUAAUCGGAGAUGAUCGGAGAUGUUGAUGAUGAUGAAGCAAGUUUGAUAGUCCAAGACAUUCAUGUUGGAUAAUGCUUCUUUUUAUGCCUAUUGCAAUUAAACUAAAGGAACGGAACAAUUUAAUUUACACAUGUCCUAAAACUCUAAAUGCGGCAUUGAUUGGCAUAGUUAAUAAAUAAAAAACCACAACCAAGAGUUGUUAAAACACAAGCCAAUUUCUUUUUUAUCACUCCUUUGUUGAAGCCAGUAUGUUUGCCGAAACAAAACAAGACCUUUUUUAUUAGGGAGAUCACAGGGUAAAACUAAGAUAUAAAAAAAAAAAAAAAAACUAUGUCGAAGAAUGACAUUUACUGAAUUUGAUAUUAGCAACUGAGAGGGUUAUUGUAACAAACUAGACAU